UUGAUUGCAGCUUCAGUCAAGGGGUCUGCGACUGGAAACAAGAUGCUGAUGAUGACUUUGACUGGAAUCCUGCUGAUCGAGAUAGAGGUGAUGGGUACUACAUGGCAGUUCCGGCUUUUGUGGGGCAUAAGAAGGAUAUGGGGCGUCUAAAACUUUUCCUCACCGACCUCAAACCAAGGAGCAGCUACUGCCUGAUUUUCAGUUAUCGGCUUGCUGGCGAGAGGGUGGGGAAACUUCGAGUGUUCCUGGCAAACAAAAAAACUGCUCCUGCCUGGGAGCAGAACAACGGAAAAGAUGAAAGGUGGAGAACUGGAAAAAUAGAGAUAUUUCAGGGGGCUGAAACAACCAACAGUGUCACUUUUGAAUCAGAACGUGGGAAGGGCAAAACUGGAGAAAUUGGAGUGGACAAUGUUAUACUAAUUUCUGGUCUAUGCCCAGAAGAUACCUGAUAAUGGAUAUUUGAGUAUAGUGGAUUUAAUCCUAUUUUAAAUAUUUGCCUUACUAGUAGUGUAUUUUUGUAUCAUUUUAUAAAAAAAC